CAUGACUCGAAAGACCCCUGCUGUCCAAAAAGUGCCUGAGUAAUAUACGACAGUAUUAUUUGGUUCUUGUGUUUAGAGUGGCCAUGUAUUAUUAAAUAUUAUCUGGCGUUUCGUAUAAUUCUUGACUUUAGCCAAAGGGUACAAUGUAUCACAAUAGCUCACAGAAAAAAUUUUGGACAUUUGAAAAUGAAGAAUGUUUAGAGAAACUUAGGUUUCAAUCCAAUCAGAAGUUUCGUGCUAAAGUUCGUGGUAGUGGAAAGGAAUUGAAAGGAUUGGAUGAAUCCUCAUUUUUGAAUCCUUUCGAGGAAGAUGUGCUUUUCAGACACUAUGAAAGGAGACUUCUCGAAUUCUGUGCUAAUUUCAAGCCUGUGAUGCCAAAAUCUGUUGUGGGUACAGCAGCUAUGUAUUUUAGAAGAUUUUACUUGCAUAACUCCGUAAUGGAAUACCAUCCCAGGAUUAUUAUGCUUACCUGUGCAUACCUGGCCUGCAAAGUAGAUGAGUUUAAUGUGUCAAGCAGCCAGUUCGUUGGAAAUCUGCCGGAGACAGCUGCAGGACAGGAAAAGGCUCUGGAACAGAUCCUUGAGUAUGAACUACUGCUCAUCCAGCAGCUAAAUUUCCACCUGGUGGUACACAACCCCUACCGACCUCUAGAGGGUUUCCUCAUUGAUCUCAAGACGAGAUAUACGACACUGGAGAACCCAGAGAUGCUAAGGAAAACUGCUGAUGAUUUUCUUAACCGUGCUACUAUGACAGAUGCAGGUCUUCUCUGCUCUCCGUCACAGAUUGCUUUGACCGCUGUGCUGAAUAGUGCUUCUCGGGCUGGCAUUACCAUGGAGAGUUACCUGGCAGAAUGCUUGGGUUUGAAAGACGACAAGGAAACCCUGUGCAAGAUGAUUGACUUAAUGAGACGAAUAAAAAAUCUCUUAAAGAAGUAUGAGCUUCCCAACUCAGACGAGGUCAAUAUGUACAAACAGAAGCUUGAAAGAAUACACGCUGAAUUCGUCAACACAAUUCCGAAACGAAAAAGAGGAUAUGAAGAUGAUGAUCAUGUCACAAAAGAGCAUCCUGUUGCAGAGGAGGAGGAAUGGACUGAUGAGGAUUUAGAGUCCUUCAUGACAUGAUCGGGAGCUGUCUCUUGGAACACUGAAAUUUAACAUAUUGGUGUAUUUCCUGUUUUUCCUGUACUGUGCAGUAGUAGCUGCAUCAGAUGACAAAAUCCUAUGUACAUUUGGAAUAUUUUUGAGAAAUAAAGUUUUUGUACAUUUCA